UGAAGGUCUCUCACCGGAACCUUUUCCUUUUCACACUUCUUCUGGCGCUUUUUCAAAAAUCACUCUCACGCUUCCCACUUCACUUCACGCUCUUCUCAAGCACCUGCAACUUUUUUUUUCCUCUCUCUCUCUCUAAAAUGGCAGGGUACAGAGCUGAAGAUGACUACGACUACCUCUUCAAGGUAGUGUUGAUUGGGGACUCGGGUGUUGGUAAGUCGAAUCUGCUCUCCAGGUUCACUAAGAAUGAGUUCAACCUCGAGUCCAAGUCCACCAUUGGCGUUGAGUUCGCUACUCGCACUCUCAACGUUGACGGCAAAGUCAUAAAGGCUCAGAUCUGGGAUACUGCUGGCCAAGAAAGAUACCGGGCCAUCACCAGUGCUUAUUACCGUGGAGCAGCAGGAGCACUGCUUGUGUAUGAUGUUACCCGUCAUUCAACAUUUGAAAAUGUUGAGAGAUGGCUAAAAGAAUUGAAAAACCACACGGAUCCUAGCAUUGUUGUGAUGCUUGUUGGAAACAAAUCAGAUCUUCGUCAUCUUGUUGCAGUGACAACAGAAGAUGGGAAGUCUUUUGCCGAAAGAGAGUCACUCUACUUCAUGGAAACUUCAGCACUGGAGGCGACAAAUGUGGAAAAUGCAUUUGCUGAAGUUCUAACUCAGAUUUACCAUACUGUGAGUCGGAAAGCAGUUGAAGUAGGAGAAAAUGGAGGAUCAUCUGUCCCUGCAAAGGGAGAGACAAUAGAUGUCAAAAAUGAUGUGUCGGCCCUGAAGAAAAUUGGCUGCUGCUCAACCUAAAGGCAUCGGGAAACAAAUUAAACAAAUUCGUAGUUUCCAUAUCUAUAAGUUGAGUUUUAUUGUAAUAUUGCAGGGAUACAAGCUAGAGAAGUGAAAUUUUCUUAGUUCAUUGAACUUACUGUAUCAAACCAUGAAUGCUUUAAAUUCUUUACAAUGGAGUUAUGUGAGAAAAUUCAUAACCCUAA